AAAUGAAAAAGGUGAAAAAAAUCCUUCUCCAAGAAGAAGAUGAGAAACAUCAAUCUCGCAUGCAACAGUAGCACAGCUGAAAAUAAAAGAGAAAGAUAGCCCUUCAUUCCACCCCAUCCUUAACCCCAUCCACACUUGUUACAUCCACCAAUCAGCAUUCCCAUCCCAGAAUGCUCUACGACCCCCUCUUCUUCACACCCAAACCUUUCUACCACCGUUUGAGUGUGGAUCAGAUGGCUUGCAGCUCGCAGGCAAGAAUCUUGAAACCGCGUGUUUUGAGACUGCUGGCUGGUAUUUUCUUCUUGCAUUGGAUAAUUGGAAAUGUAUUUGUGUUCAGUUAAAAUCAUCAGAGGAUAAUUUGCAUUUCAUAGCAUUAGUGAACUAUAGAGCGUCUGCCGGGUUAGUUUAGUUUUAGAAAAAAAACAAUCUGGGGAGUGAUUAUAAAUGGCUUUGGAGGAAAAAAGUGGUUCUGCUACAGUUAACGUGGCUAAUUCUGAAGAGCCUCAGCCUAUAAAACCCCAAACAAAUCAAUUGGAAAAACCUCCACCUGAGGAUUUGGCAUCAGAAGAAGAAGAACAGAGAAACUGGAGAGGAAUCUGUAUAGCCUUACUUGUCAUCGCCACUGUCUGUUCCCUUAUCAUUACAUCUGUUGUUCUGCUCUCGCCGGGUCCUGAGGAACCACGAGUAAAAAAUCCGAGAUUUUCUUUAGAAGAAAUAAUAAACGGGGAUUAUGAACCCCGCUUUUUCAACGGAUCUUGGAUAUCCGAUACAGAAGUGACCUUCCGAGAUCCGGAUGGUGCCAUUGUUAUUUACAAUGCCGAAACGGCUGAGAAAACAAUCAUAGUUAACAAUAUAACCCUGAAACCGCUCAAUAUACAAUCCUAUAGCAUAUCUCCAGAUCGCAAAUUCGUCUUAUUAUCACAUGAUCAUGAACAGGUAUUUAAACAUUCCUUCACCGCUCAGUACAAAGUCUUCAUUGUUGAAACUGAAGAAUUGCAGCCUUUCUUAAGUGAUAUGCCCAAUGCAGUCUUUCAGUAUGUUGCGUGGGGAAGUACGGGUAGUCAAAUGGCAUAUGUAUACAGGAACAAUAUAUAUUACUUAAGUGAAUAUGGAGAGAGUGCCAAACCUACUGCAUUGACACAAUCUGGUGAAGAAGGUGUCAUAUUUAACGGGAUACCAGAUUGGGUGUAUGAAGCAGAAAUUUUCCAUAGUAAUAAAGCCCUUUGGUGGGGACCUAACGGAACUUAUUUAGCAUACGCUGCUUUUAACGAUGAGAAUGUAGAAGCAAUGACGUAUCCAUGGUAUGGAUCAUACGAAGACAGCACUAAUGUUUAUCCACAGACAAUCAAACUCAGAUAUCCGAAACCCGGAAGACCAAAUCCAAAAGCAAGUCUUUGGGUUGCUGAUUUCAGCCAGCCAUUUCCUGUUACAGAAGAGGUGAUGCCUCCUCUAGAGUUCAAAGACCAAGAAUAUUAUUUGACUGAAGUUCAGUGGAUUGAUGAAAAGCGUCUUCUUGCUAUUUGGUUGAGACGUGUCCAAAAUUCGUCCAUCGUUAGUGUUUGCACUAGUGGAGACACUGGGUGGAAAUGCCAAAAACAUAUCCAAGAAGAUACGAGCAUUGGUUGGGUAGACAUGUAUGAAGCUCCGGUGUUUUCCAAUAAUAAACGCUACUACUUCCUAAGACUACCCGUGGCAGAUGGUAAGGCUGGCCGCUUUAGACAUGUGGCUUCAUUCGACUUCAACAGUGGCCGAAAAGAUUUUUUGACUCAUGGCAGCUAUGACAUCACAAAAAUUUUGGCUUAUCUGGAAGAAGAUCAUUCUGUGUAUUAUAUGACAACACUUCUUGGAAUGCCAGAACAACGUCACUUGUAUGCAGUUAAGGAUUUGACCUCCAAGCGACCUCGUGAACAAAAAUGCCUUACUUGCGAUUCAGAGGAAGACUGCCUAUACUACAAUGCCUUGUUUAGUACCGGCGGCCAUUAUUUUGUAUUAGAAUGCUUAGGUCCUGGUGUACCUAGAAUAGAACUUCGCGAAACUCUCACUAAUCAAUUAGUUGAAGUUUUGGAUACCAAUAGUGAUUUGACUGAAGCUUUAGAAGAAAGAGCCCUACCUCAACUGGAGACUUUUAAAGUGCCUUUAAAAGGAGGAUAUGAAGCAAGUGUGCGACUUUAUUUACCUCCGCCUUUACGAGAAAAUGAAAUAAUCAAAUAUCCACUUAUUCUUCAUGUCUGUGGUAGUCCGGGAAAUCAAUUGGUUACAGAAAAGUUCCAGGUUCAUUGGGGAAGCUAUUUGUCAAGUCAUAAGAAUUACAUUUAUGCUCAUAUAGAUGCUCGGGGAAGUGGUUACCAGGGAGAAAAGAGAGUUCAGGAAUUAUUUCGAAGACUCGGAAAUGUCGAAGUUGAAGAUCAACUUGCAGUUAUCAGGUACCUCUUGUCUGAGAAAGGUUAUAUCGAUACAGAGAAAAUAGCGGUUUGGGGAUGGUCAUAUGGUGGAUAUACGGCCGUAUCUGUUCUAGCAACAGAAAAUGAUAUUUUCACCUGCGGCAUAUCGGUGGCACCCAUCACAAAUUGGCUGUAUUAUGAUUCAGUAUACUCAGAAAGAUAUAUGCAAAGUCCAAAACCUGAAGACAACUAUAUUGGCUACGAAAAGUCUGAUGUUUCCAUAAGAGCAGAAAAUGUGAAAGGGAAAAAAUUUCUUCUCAUUCAUGGGACAGCAGAUGUAAUCAAUGAUAUUAAUAAGCCUCAAUAUACUUGUAUAUACCCAGAUGAGAAACAUUUUCUGAGCAAUGUGAAGAUGCAUCUGUACCAGACUAUGGAAGAUUUUCUGGAGUACACUUGUUUCAAAUCGCCAGAAAAACAUCAUGAAAUGAUGCACAAUGGAAGAUAG